CGCCCUUCGAAGUCUAUAGCAAAGCUAACGUUUUCUGUCUAUCUCGUCUCUACUGAUCAACAUGAGGAUGUACUCUUUGAGAAGACUUUCUUUGACAAGUCUAUUCCAAUCCCUUCUUUUGUUUCUCAUUCUGUCAAUCACUAUGAACUGUCUAGGUGUACGUGGGAAAGCGUUGCGAAUCAAAGAAAAUUUUCAACAUUCUUAUGAAGACCGUUCCAAUGGGGCAAAAGAAUGCACCGUUUUUAGUAACCCAUCAGCAUCAUUUCUAGGAUCUAAACAGAAGUUUGUAACAUUUGACUGUCUCGUUCACCGAUUCCAAGGAUCCUGCGAAUACAUACUAGCACGUGACUGCACUGGAGGUCUCUUUGAUAUUCACAUCGAAAACGACUCUCCCCUUCAUGAUACCAUUCGUACUGCUUGGGCCAGCGGCGUCGCCAUCCGUUCAGACGGACUAGGCGUAGUUAGAGCAAUAUUGUCUCAUCGGAAUACAACUGUCUAUAUGAAUGACAAACUCCUAACGUGGCCGUCAACCAAUUAUGGAGACAACGGAUCACGAGUGCUGCUGUCAUCUAGCGUUCUAGAAGACCGAGUCGAGAUCGUGUUGGCAAGCACAGGCGUCAAGAUAGUUUUGGUAGAUCAACAUAAAAUUGUUGUUUCAGUACCACCUUCAUUUCGAAGGAAAAUGUGUGGACUAUGUGGUAACUACAACGACAACCCAGAGGAUGACCUGAAUUUGCCAAGUGGUGAGGCUGUGAGUAUAAGUAACGUGCAGGAUUCCUCAUCUUUCUCCACUUAUCAAAAAUUUGGCAUCAGUUGGUCUGCUGUAGGCCAAGAGAGAUUGAUUCUAGACAAUGAUGACACUUGUCAUGAUACCAUCGAGCCUUCCUACUGUGAUGAACUACCUGAACACAGAACAAAGGUGGAAGAAUUUUGUAACGUACUCAUUGAUCCCGAAGGACCGUUUGCCGACUGCCGCUCCUACACAGACCCAGAUUUUGCUUACAAACAAUGUGUGAUGACUGGCUGCUUGCAUCGUGGAAAUAGAACACACACAUGUUCAAUGAUCAGAUCACACCAAUUGGAAUGCCAAAGAUGUAACAUAAAGUUCCUUAACGAGAUUGCUGUGCCCGAAUGCCAUAUACCUUGUCCAGUCCUUGAAGCUCCUGUUCAUGGAUACAAAUUAGGCGACGGAAACUCGUUUGGAGAUGUCGUUUCUUUCUUUUGCAAGCAAGGAUUUACUCUGUCGGGAUCGAAUUCACGGACCUGCCAAUUGGACGGUACCUGGAAUGGAGACCCUGCAGUUUGCGCUGAUAUCAACGAAUGUGUCAGUGGCUCUCAUACUUGUGACAAAACGAAUGGAGAUUGUAAGAACACUAUCGGCAGCUACAAAUGUUCGUGCAAGCCAGGAUACCAGGGCGAUGGUAGAACUUGUAUUCAGACAUAUUCGGUUGAAGGAACCGUCAUAGAUGCAUCGACUGGUAAAGUUGUUCCAAAAUCAUGGGUCUCACUCAAUUCAAUGGCCUCACGUGGGCGUCAAAAGACAAGAGCAGAUAAAUCUGGCAAAUUCGUGUUUGAAGUUGGUCCGGGGAACUACACAAUAACAGCAACCAAGAAACGGUAUAUUCGUAACUCAAGAAACGUCAGUGUGUCUGAAAAUAUUGAAAAAGGUACCGAAGCCGACGUUUUUCUUAGCCAAAAACUAAAAGCAGAUACAUGGAAGGUUGUCAUUGGAUGGGGAAAGGCUAACCUAGAUUUAGAUGCCUAUUUGAGGCUACCAAAGGGAGAUUACGUGCUGCAAGACGAGGAGCUUGAUGUGACUGAAAAACGUCUCAUAAGUUACGACUGUAAAAAGUUGUUUUACAAUUCUGCGACUGUUACCCUGGAUCUCGAUAAUCGUACAGCAUAUGGCAUCGAGACGAUCACUGUUAAUCAAGGAUUUGUGCCCGGUGAAUACAUACAUUAUGUUCAUGCCUAUGGAAGAAGCUUUGCUGACGGACAGGGAUGGGCAGAACUAUACAACGGAAAACUGAAAAUGGAUAGAAUUAUUUCCCCAGCCACUGAUCGUCCUUUGAAAUAUUGGCAUACAUUUACCAUCGACACUGAGAAGAGAAAGCCCAAAGUUGUUAACAGUUUAAGUUUACAUCCGCCUCCUAGUUUUCUGUCUAUCUCGUCUCUACUGAUCAACAUGAGGAUGUACUCUUUGAGAAGACUUUCUUUGACAAGCACAUUCCAAUCUCUUCUUUUGUUUCUCAUUCUGUCAAUCACUAUGAACUGUCUAGGUGUACGUGGGAAAGCGUUGCGAAUCAAAGAAAAUUUUCAACAUUCUUAUGAAGACCGUUCCAAUGGGGCAAAAGAAUGCACCGUUUUUAGUAACCCAUCAGCAUCAUUUCUAGGAUCCAAACAGAAGUUUGUAACGUUUGACUGUCUCGUUCACCGAUUCCAAGGAUCUUGCGAAUACAUACUAGCACGUGACUGCACUGGAGGUCUCUUUGAUAUUCACAUCGAAAACGACUCUCCCCUUCAUGAUGCCAUUCAUACUGCUUGGGCCAGCAGCGUCGCCAUCCGUUCAGACGGACUAGGCGUAGUUAGAGCAAAAUUGUCUCAUCGGAAUACAACAGUUUAUAUGAAUGACAAACUCUUAACAUGGCCGUCAACCAAUUAUGGAGACAACGGAUCACGAGUGCUGCUGUCAUCUAGCGUUCUAGAAGACCGAGUCGAGAUCGUGUUGGCAAGCACAGGCGUCAAGAUAGUUUGGGUAGAUCAACGUAAAAUUGUUGUUUCAGUACCGCCUUCAUUUAGAAGGAAAAUGUGUGGACUAUGUGGUAAUUACAACGACAACCCAGACGAUGACCUGAAUUUGCCAAGUGGUGAGGAUGUGAGCGUAAGUAACGAGCAGGAUUCCUCAUCUUUCUCCACUUAUCAAAAAUUUGGCAUCAGUUGGGCUGCUGUAGGCCAAGAGAGAUUGAUUCUAGACAAUGAUGACACUUGCCAUGAUACCAUCGAGCCUUUCUACUGUGAUGAACUACCUGAACACAGAACAAAGGUGGAAGAAUUUUGUAACGUACUCAUUGAUCCCGAAGGACCGUUUGCUGACUGCCACUCCUACACAGACCCAGAUUUUGCUUACAAACAAUGUGUGAUGACUGGCUGCUUGCAUCGUGGAAAUAGAACACACGCAUGUUCUAUGAUCAGAUCAUACCAAUUGGAAUGCCAAAGAUGUAACAUAAAGUUCCUUAACGAGAUUGCUGUGCCCGAAUGCCAUAUACCUUGCCCAGUCCUUGAAGCUCCUGUUCAUGGAUACAAAUUGGGCGACGAAAACUCGUUUGGAGAUGUCGUUUCUUUCUUUUGCAAGCAAGGAUUUACUCUGUUGGGAUCAAAUUCACGGACCUGCCAAUUGGACGGUACCUGGAACGGAGACCCUGCAGUUUGCACUGAUAUCAACGAAUGUUUCAGUGGCUCUCAUACUUGUGACAAAACGAAUGGAGAUUGUAAGAACACUAUCGGCAGCUACAAAUGCUCGUGCAAGCCAGGAUACCAGGGCGAUGGUAGAACUUGUAUUCAGACAUAUUCGGUUGAAGGAACAGUCAUAGAUGCGUCGACUGGUAAAGUUGUUCCAAAAUCAUGGGUCUCACUCAAUUCAAUGGCCUCACGUGGGCGUCAAAAGACAAGAGCAGAUAAAUCUGGCAAGUUCGUGUUUGAAGUUGGUCCGGGGAACUACACAAUAACAGCAACCAAGAAACGGUAUAUUCGUAACUCAAGAAACGUCAGUGUGUCUGAAAAUAUUGAAAAAGGUACCGAAGCCGACGUCUUUCUUAGCCAAAAACUAAAAGCAGACACAUGGAAGGUUGUCAUUGGAUGGGGAAAGCCAAACCUAGAUUUAGAUGCCUAUUUGAGGCUACCAAAGGGAGAUUACGUGCUGCAAGACGAGGAGCUUGAUGUGACUGAAAAACGUCUCAUAAGUUACGACUGUAAAAAGUUGUUUUACAAUUCUGCGACUGUUACCCUGGAUCUCGAUAAUCGUACAGCAUAUGGCAUCGAGACAAUCACUGUUAAUCAAGGAUUUGUGCCUGGUGAAUACAUACAUUAUGUUCAUGCCUAUGGAAGGAGCUUUGCUGACGGACAGGGAUGGGCAGAACUAUACAACGGAAAACUGAAAAUGGAUAGAAUUAUUUCCCCAGCCACUGAUCGUCCUUUGAAAUAUUGGCAUACAUUUACCAUCGACACUGAGAAGAGAAAGCCCAAAGUUGUUAACAGUUUAAGUUUACAUCCGCCUUCUAGUUAAUUAUACUCGGCUAUGUAUGUGCUCUCUAGAUUUUACAUUGGACUUUGGCAUUACAUAGACUAGUAGUCACUAAAUAGUUUUAAUUAAUUAACGUUGUUUAUAAUUACCCUUUGUAUGCAGUUAGUUUUUAAAUUUGUAAUAUGUAAUACAUAUAUACAAGAUCAUAAAUGUUUGUGCGCCUACUACUCGGGCAAUGUUGAAUAAAUCUGAAUGAAUUUGAUCACGUGA